AUGAGUCCCAGACACCUCAAAACCGCGGCUCUGACCGCCAACGUCUCCUCUUCGGACCGCGUAUCCCAAAUCGUCAAAGGCGUCAUCGACGACGUCCGCCAAAACGGCGACGCCGCAGUGCGGUCCUACUCGGAAAAAUUCGACAAUUGGUCGCCCCCAUCAUUCAAGCUCUCGCCCGCCCAGAUCCAAGACAGCAUAGCCAAAGUCCCCGCCCAAACAAUCGCCGACAUCAAGCAAGCCCAGCACAACGUCCGCCUCUUCGCCGAAGCCCAACGCGCCAGCAUCAAAGACUUUGAAGUCGAGAUCCAACCUGGCGUCUUCCUGGGGCAAAGAAACAACCCCAUCGAAUCCGCAGGAGCCUACAUCCCCGGGGGCCGGUACCCGCUCCUCGCGUCAGCGCACAUGACGAUCCUCACGGCCAAAGUGGCAGGGGUGCGGCACAUCACGGCGUGCACGCCGCCCAUCGCGGGGGGGAUCCCGCACGCGACGGUGGCGGCGGCGCACCUCGCGGGGGCGGACGAGAUCCACAUCGUGGGCGGCACGCAGGCCAUCGCGGCCAUGGCGCUGGGGACGGCGACCAUCAGCAAGGUGCACUUCAUCGCGGGGCCGGGCAACGCCUUCGUGGCCGACGCCAAGCGCCAGCUCUUCGGCGAGGUCGGCAUCGACCUGCUCGCGGGGCCGACCGAGGUGCUGGUCGUGGCCGACGAGGCCGCCGACCCUUUCACCGUCGCCACCGACCUGCUGUCGCAGGCGGAGCACGGGCCCGACACGCCCGCCGUGCUGGUCGCGACGAGCGAGCGCGUGGCGAGGGAGGCCAUGGCGUAUGUGGAUGAGAUAUUAAAGGAGAUGCCGACGGCGGAUCUGGCGGGCAAGUCGUGGCGGGAUUGGGGCGAGGUGGUGGUGGUGGAUGGGGGCGUCGACGAGGCGUAUGCCGUCGCCGACGGGUAUGCGAGCGAGCAUGUGCAGAUUCUAACCCAGAAUCCGCGGGAGGCGCUGGAGAAGAUGACGAAUUACGGGGCCUUGUUUCUGGGGGAGAAGACGUGUGUUUCGUACGGGGACAAGUGCAUUGGUACCAACCACGUGUUGCCGACGCGGAAGGCCGGGCGGUACACGGGUGGCUUGUGGGUGGGCAAGUAUCUCAAAACUCAGACGUACCAGGAAGUGGUUGAUGAGAAGGCAAGCGGGGAACUCGGACGGCUCUGUGGCAGGUGCUCGAGGGCGGAGAACUUUGAAGGCCAUGCUCGAUCGGGCGACUUGCGGGCCAAGACCUACCUGGGGGAUCCGCACGCUUGGAUCGACCAAGCAAAGGCUGGAGCGCGGAUUGAACCGAAGAUCUAA